AUGGCGGUUAAGACGGAUAUGAGCAAGGCGUAUGAUCGUCUUGAGUGGGACUUUAUAUCCCUAGUGUUGCUUCGGUUGGGAUUCCACCAAAAGCUCGUAGACUGCAUUAUGCAAUGUAUCUCUUCAGUUACAUACUCCUUCCUCAUUAACGGCUUGCCUAGAGGGAAGGUAGUACCGAGUAGAGGAAUCCGUCAAGGAGACCCUCUUUCUCCCUACAUAUUCAUUUUGUGUAGCGAGGUUCUCUCGGGAUUAUGUAACAGGGCGCAAGAAGAUGGCUCUCUCCAAGGGCUGCGGGUGGCGAGGGCAAGCCCUCGGGUUAACCACCUUCUUUUUGCGGAUGAUACUAUGUUCUUCCUCGAUUCUAACAGAGGAAACUGCGUAGCGCUACGAGAUAUCUUGAGCAAAUAUGAAGAAGCCUCGGGUCAGACUAUAAACAAAGACAAAUCGGCAAUUACCUUUUCUCGGCGGACGCCGGAAGCAAUUAAGUUGAUGGUGAAAGAGGAGCUGCAGAUCCAAAAAGAGGGUGGUACGGGCAUAUAUUUAGGUCUCCCCGAACAGUUUGGGCGACGUAAGCGAGAUGUGUUUGCCUCUAUUGUGGACCGAAUCAAACAAAAAGCUCGGGGAUGGUCUAAUAAGUUUCUGUCGUCAGCCGGGAAACUGGUUAUGCUUAAAAGCGUAUUAUCCGCUGUCCCCUCGUACUCCAUGUCUUAUUUCGAGUUACCAGUCUCUCUGUGUAAACAGAUACAAUCUGCGGUUACUAGAUUCUGGUGGGAUAAUAACGAGAACAAGAAGAAAAUGGCGUGGGUUUCUUGGUCAUCAAUGGCGACACCUAAAGCCCUCGGAGGCUUGGGGGUUCGGGAUUUCCAGACCUUCAACAUAGCGUUGCUAGCCAAAACGGGCUGGAGGCUUCUCCAAAAUCCGAACUGCCUCCUAUCCCGAGUGUUGCUGGGAAAAUACAGCCCUGACUCAAAUAUCUUGCUGGCCACGGGAUCUUCUGAUAUGUCUCACGGUUGGCGGAGCGUUCUGCUAGGGAGGGACCUGCUGAUUAAAAACUUAGGCUGGCUUGUAGGAGAUGGCAAAUCUAUUCAGGUGUGGCAAGAUCCUUGGCUGAGCGCCACCACCCAGGAACGCCCAAUGGGUCCAGCAAAUGAGCUUCAGCUGCAACUUCGAGUCUCUGAUUUGAUGCUACAAGGGACGUGUGACUGGGAUGAAGGAAAAAUUCUUCAGUAUGUCCCUGAAUAUGCAGAGAAAAUCCAGUGCUUAAAGCCUAGUAACACCGGGGCUCCGGAUAAACUAAUAUGGCUGGGAACAAAGACGGGCGUCUACUCCACUAAAUCAGGAUAUUAUUCAAAAGUGGACAAAAUGUUGAAUGGAGAUGUAGGCCUGGGAGGAAGAGAUUUUAACUGGAAAAGGAACGUUUGGGAGCUGGAUUGUGCCCCAAAAAUCAAGACGUUUGCAUGGAAACUUCUUAAAGGAGCAUUGCCGGUGGGAGAACGUUUAACUGAUCGACAUAUCCCGGUAGACCCAAGCUGUAAAAGGUGUGGAGCCUCAGAAUCUAUUACUCAUCUUUUCUUUCAGUGUCCGUAUGCCCGGAAGGUUUGGCGCCUCGCCCCUUUCGUAUCGACAGUGGAAAUUAGCGGAGCAAUAGAUUUAGUCGGCUUGUGGCCGACUCUCGUUUCAAGCCAAUGCUUACCACCUGCGGGAGUUACCUCUAAAUCUCUAGCCUCUUGGAUCCUUUGGAACUUGUGGAAGGCUCACAACAAGUUUGUAUUUGAAGGGUUCUCCUGCUCACCGGAAGAUACCCUGUCCUUGGCUAUGCAAAUGGCGAGGGAAUGGGAAACAAAACAGAGUAAGGAACCUGUGCAGAAACAAAUGAAGUCUCUGAACCAGAUUCAGCCGCCUCCAGGCUUUACGGUGGUUCGAUCAGAUGCUGCGUGGUCCCCAACUGGAACGAUGGCGGGGUUGGGAUGGGUUGUCCUCUCUCCUUCUGGCCAUCGACCUUUCCAUAAGCGGACCACCUUUGUAUCCUCUGCUCUUGUGGCGGAAGGACUGGCUCUCUUGGAAGCUGUUCGCUCGAGCGUUAGGGAGAAGCUGACGACGGUGGUCUUCGAAACCGACUGUUCAAAUGAUUAA